GGAUGUCAUUUACAUGCAAUAGCACAAGUGACAGGAGCAGUAACAGUACAAGGAAGGAGUAGUAUGUUGGAGGACACAGGUUUUAGCUUUGUGAAUUGUAAGGUGACAGGUUUAGGUGCAUUGUACCUAGGUAGGGCAUGGGGUCUUUCUCUAGGGUCAUAUUUGCUUACACUUAUAUGGACAACAUUAUCAUACCUAAAGGUUGGCAUAAUUGGGGUGACCCCCUACGUGAAAUGUAAGUUCCCUACUACUACUCCAUAGCUCCUUUCAUUUUAUGUGAAGGUGUUUAACUGAUAUAUAUGGGAAUGGUCGAUGGGGUUUUACUGUGGCAA